UGCUUCCGUCCUAUCCUACCUGAGCACCCGGUGAGUUUCUAGUGUUUACCCGGAGCUGGGGACACCCGGAGCAUUGUGGCAGGCCCCUGGCCGUGGUGAGUGGCCUCUUGACCUCAAGGAGUAGGAAGCCAGAAGGAGAUCUCUUCCACGGUUCAGGGCUGAGAUGGACCCGCUCAGGGCCCAGCAGCUGGCGGCGGAACUGGAAGUAGAGAUGAUGGCUGAUAUGUACAACAGAAUGACCAGUGCUUGCCACCGGAAGUGCGUGCCCCCCCACUACAAGGAAGCAGAACUAUCCAAGGGCGAGUCCGUGUGCCUGGACCGGUGUGUCUCCAAGUACCUGGACAUCCAUGAGCGGAUGGGCAAAAAGUUGACAGAAUUGUCUAUGCAGGAUGAAGAGCUGAUGAAGAGAGUGCAGCAGAGUUCUGGGCCUGCGUGAGGCUCCAGACAGCACACCUUAAGGCAUUUAGUCUGCACCUUCUGCUCUCCGGGUUUUCAGAUGAGCCGGACACUAUAUGAGAAAACAUGUUGUAACUGUCCUGGAGUGGGCAGCCUCUAUUAAGAAUCAGCCUGCCAAUGCAGGGGACAUGGGUUCGAUCCCAGCUCCGGGAAGAUCCCACAUCCACGGAGCAACGAAGCCCGUGUGCCACAGCUACUGAGACUGCAUGCUGCAACUACUGAAGCCUGUGUGCCUAGAGCCUCGGCUGCAAAAUGAGAAGCCACAACAAUGAGAAGCCUGCACACCGCAACAAAGCAUAGCCCACACUCGCCGCAACUAAGGAAAGCCUGAGCGCAGCAACGAAGACCCAAAGCAGCCCAAUCAAUUAAUUAGUAAGAUAAAAUAAAAUAAAUGGCUCUUAGUGACCCUGCCUGCUGCUGUUCAUUCCUAUUCAUUCCUGGUAUAAUCUUCCCUUGAGCGUGCACUAGACCUAGAUAGAGACUCGCUUCUAACAAACAGAACACAGCAAAGAUGAUGAAAGCUGCUUCCGAGGUUAAGACACAAAGGAUGGUGAUGGCCAUCUUGUUAGUGUCUCUUUCUCUUCUUCCCUUUCUCCUCCUCUCCUCUUGCUUGCAGACUCUGUGCAAGCAAGCUUCCAUGUUGUGAGCUGCCCUGUAAAGAGGCCCAUGUGGUGAGGGACUCAGUGCAGCCUCCAUCCCACAGCCAGUGAGGAACUGAAUCCGGCCGGCAACCACAUGAAUGAACCCCAAAGCACAUCCUUCCCAGUCAAGCUGUCAGAUGACUACAGCCCCGGCUUGCACUUUGCAGGCCCGUGAGAGACCGUGAAGCGGAGGACCCAUCUAAUCUGUACCCUGACUC